AUGGAUCGAUUCUUCACCAAACUUGUCGCCCUUCUUCUGAUUCUUCUGCAGAUUGGCUCCAUCUUCGCCACACCUAUCCCUGAAGCUCAGACUGCACCGGAAGACGUUGAGGAGGAUCGACGUGAGUUGGCAAAACGUGGCGGUGCCCGAGCUUUCUAUGGGUUCUACAACUCUGGCAAUUCGAAAAGGGACCAAAUCGCCGGCCUACCGUACUAUUUGUAUGAGAAACGAGGAGGUGGACUCGCCUUCAACCACAACGCCAAUUUAUUCAGGUACGAAAAGAGAGGAGGUGGUAGAGCAUUCGCCGGAUCAUGGUCACCAUACUUGGAGAGGUAUGCAAUGGGAAAUCUAUCGUGGUUCAAUUUUCUAGGGUGA